AUGAGUAAAUCACCGCUGCCUUUGCAAAAUGUGCCCGGGAAGGAAAAGCAGGAGAUCAAGAAGGAAGCUUUGGUAAAGCUUUUGCGAUGGCAUUUUGGAUAUCCUGAUUUCCGUGGGAAGCAGUUGGAAGCCAUUGAAGCUGUUCUGUCAGGGAGAGAUUGUUUCUGUCUUAUGCCAACUGGUGGAGGAAAGUCGAUGUGUUAUCAGAUUCCUGCUCUUGCAAAACAGGGAAUUGUGCUCGUUGUUAGUCCUCUAAUCGCUCUUAUGGAAAAUCAAGUAUCGGCUUUGAAAGAGAAAGGGAUUGCUGCUGAAUAUCUCUCAUCAACCCUGACUGUUAAAGCUAAGAAUGAGGUUUAUGAAAACCUUGAUAUGGGAAAGCCAUCUUUGAGGCUGCUAUAUGUUACACCAGAACUCAUUGCGACAUCAGGGUUUAUGGCAAAGCUGAGAAAGAUUCAUGGCAGAGGAUUGCUCAAUCUCAUUGCAAUUGAUGAGGCGCACUGUGUGUCAACAUGGGGACAUGAUUUCAGGCCAAGCUACAGAAAGCUUUCUUUUCUAAAGAAUCACUUGCCCAGCAUACCAGUUCUGGCUUUGACAGCUACAGCUGCUCCUAAAGUCCAAGAGGAUGUGAUAAUAUCCUUGUGUUUGCAGAACCCACUUGUUCUGAAAUCAUCAUUCAACCGCCCAAAUAUAUAUUAUGAAGUUCGCUAUAAAGACUUGUUGGAUAAUCCAUAUUCCGAUAUUUGUAAUUAUCUUAAAUCCUGUGGAAACAUAUGUGCCAUUAUUUACUGCCUUGAGCGUGCAGCUUGUGAUGAACUGGCCGUGCACUUAUCCAAGCAUGGAAUAUCUUGUGCUGCAUAUCAUGCAGGAUUAAACAGUAAAUUAAGGAGCUCUGUCUUGGAUGAUUGGAUAUCCUCUAAAACACAAGUAGUUGUGGCUACUGUAGCUUUUGGGUAUGUUUCAAUCUGUGGUAUCUUAUUUCAGGGUAUUGAUCGGAAGAAUGUUAGAGUUGUCUGCCAUUUCAAUAUCCCCAAGUCUAUGGAGUCCUUCUACCAGGAGUCAGGUCGAGCUGGCCGUGAUCAAUUGCCUUCUCAGAGUCUGUUGUACUAUGGAGUGGACGAUCGUAGAAAAAUGGAAUUCAUUUUGAAUAAGACUGCUAACAAUAAGCCACAAUCUUCAAGCUCUGAGGAUGUGUGCUCCAAAAAACCCCUCAGCGAUUUCCGUGAGAUGGUUGAAUAUUGUGAGGGGUCUGGCUGUCGAAGGAAAAAGAUCCUCAAAAGUUUUGGAGAAGAGGUAACAUCAUCAUUCUGCGCUAAAUCAUGUGACGCGUGCAAACAUCCUAAUGUUGUUUCAAAGUAUUUGGAGGAUCUCACACGUGCUACUGCUAUUCGGCAUAGAAAUGGGUCAUCUCGGAUAUACAUGAGCAGUGCUUCAUCUUUCAAUGGUGAGGAGCAGUUCUCGGAAUUCUGGAACCGUGAUGAUGGAGAAAGUGCAUCUGAGGAAGAUUUAUCGGAUUCUGAUGAGCCUGUUGAGUUAGCAAAAAGGGUUGCACUUACAAGUAAAUCUUCAGAACCAAAGAUGAGUGAGAGAAUGGAGUUAUUGCAGCGUGCAGAAGAGAACUAUUACCGGACUACAAAUAUUCAAGACAAGAAGUUAAACAAAUCUGACAGGAACUCCAUAUCCGAAAACCUGAGGAAGUCCAGUAAGCAGAGGUUACUAAACACAUUGAACCAAUAUCAGACCCGGUUCACCAAUUUACAGAUUGAUUUUGGUUCAUGUGCUGAUACAAUCGAGAGUGAAUGCCAUAAGAAGUACGAGAAAAGUGGCAAGUCGUUUUAUUUGUCUCAGAUGGCGAGUACAGUUAGAUGGCUGUCGAAAGCAACACCUGACGAGCUCAAAGUUAAACUUGAUACAAUUGCUAAAAAUUCAGUCGAGGUUAUUACUAUGCAGUCCUCUCUUUUGGGCCCAGAAAUGUCUGUAGAGCAGGAAGAAGAAACCCACGGUAGCAUUAAAUCCGUAUCCCCUGUUGCUCGGGAUACAUUGGGGCCACAAAUUCUGUCUUUCUCGGAGUUUGUCAACAGACGUAAAGUGUCAGAUACGCAGAUUUCGGCAUCUAAAAGGCAGUCGGAAGAUGGAGCUCCCCGAGGCGGGGAGAAGAAAAGUAGAUGCUAG